UCCCAGAACCCUUUGCUUUCCCCGUCCCACCUCCUGAAGGGGCAGCCAAUGGGCCUGCGCCGGUUGCUGAUUGGCAGGCGCGCGGGCCGGUGGGGGCGAGCUCGUGCCCUGCGCGCGGUGGCAGCGAGCGAUGGCGGCGCCGGGCUGGGAGCGGGCGCUGCGGCUCGGGCUCUGCGCGCUGGGGCUGGCGCUCUCCGUGUACGCGCUGCACGUGGAGAGCUCGCGGGAGCGGGACCCCGGCUACCGGGCCAUGUGCGACCUGAGCCCCUCUGUCAGCUGCUCCAAGGUCUUCACCUCCAGGUGGGGCCGUGGCUUUGGCUUGGUGGAAGAUCUCUUGGGGAAACACAACGUCUUUAAUCAGCCCAACAGCUUAUUUGGCAUUGUCUUCUACGUCCUACAGACACUGCUGGGCUUCACUCCCAGCACCCUGGCGGCCGUCACCCUGCUGGGCACCUCCAUGGUCUCCAUCGCCGGCUCGCUCUACCUGGCCUACAUCCUCUUCUUCGUGCUCCACGACUUCUGCCUGGUGUGCGUCACCACCUACCUGCUCAACGGCGCCCUGCUCCUCCUCAACUACCAGCGUCUGGUCUGUCUGCGUGGGAGCGGACCGCGCCAUGCCAAGCCCAAGGGGCAGUGAGCGUGGCUGGGGGAGCCCUGGCCCAGCCCCCUCCUGGAACUGCAGUUGCGACAGCGAACCCUCUUUGUAUAGCAGCCAGGGGCCCAUCUAGCCCGGUAUCCUGCCCCCUCCGUGCCAAACCAGAUCAGACCCUGGGUCCGUCGCCCUUUAAACACAAACUGAAGCCAUUUCUGGCUUAACCAAAAUGCUGGUAUAAUGUGGGUUAAAAUGGUUACGUGACGCACACAUACCCGCAAGGGACUGAGUGUGAGACACACACACACACACACACAGGAGAUCAGGUUUCAUCAUCUCCAGCAGGGGGCAGAGCUGCUUUCACGCUAGCCCGAUUCUUUCCAGCAAGGACCAGCGUGUGUGUGCGUGAGGGAGAGUGAGAGACAUAUGACCCUACUGACAUCAAUGGAGGCAGGGCUGGAUUCUGAUCUCAAUCCAGAGCGACCCAUUGGUGCCACUAGAGUGAGGGCUGGAUUCUGAUCUUGAUAAACUCAGUGUGAAUGGAACAAACAAGAACACAGUCUAGCCCAGGGGUCUCAAACACGCGGCGGCCCGCUGGGUUAUUUCCUGGGGUCUGCCAGACUCCCCUUCCCCCAGUGCACUGUGUCCCCGCUCCUCUGCUUACCUGUAGGCGCUUCCUGCCGCCAAACAGCUGUUUGGCGGUGCUUAGCGCUUUCCAGGAGGGAGGGGGAGGAGCGGGGAGCUGGGCGGUCAGGGGAGGAGAGGGAGAAGAGGCGGGAUGGGGAUAUGGGGAAGGGGUUGGAAUGGGGGUGGGGCAGGGGCGGGGCCUCAUAGAAGGGGUGGAGUGGGGGCAGGGCUGGGGGUCAGUGAUGUGGCCCUUGGGCCAAUGGACUAGUCCUGUGGCCCUCAUGGUGAUACGAGUUUGAGAUCCCUGAUCUAGCCCUACAUAGCCCCGGCUUGCAAGUCCCCUGCAGCAAUGACAGCGGAACUUUUGUUAACUGACCAGCAGGGGGCACUGUGCACCAAAUCAAUAUGACAAUGAAGAGACGAGCUGGAGCUGCCUGUUUGUAGCUGAAAUAAAGUCGCCCUCAGCAACAGGC